AUGUCUGACAACAGCGGGUUCGUCCGCCUGAAUCCCGUUUCCCAGGCUAUUUCUGACCGUCUCUUCCUCUCCAGUGCCCUCCCUGGCAUCCCCAGCCCUUCUCCCAUCACCUACACCACCACCACCAACAACACCUACAAUGACGGGAACGCCUCCGGUGUACAGCUGUAUGACAAUAGUGGUGUCUUCCCCGCGUCCCUCAAUCCUUCCCUCAUCACCUACACCACCAACAACACCCCCGGCGACCUCAACGGCCUCGGUGUCAAGUUUACUGCUGCCGCCCCCUCUCCCGCCAGCAGUGGCGACAAGGCCAAGCCCAAGGCCAGGUCUUCCGCUCAUGUCACCAAUAACAACAGCAUCAAAGUGAGUGGCAAGGAGAAGAAGAAGCAUGCCCAGGGCUACAAGCGUAAGAGCUUGUCUUGUGAGCACUGCAGACAGAGACGAAAGCCAUGCGACGGAACCGACUUCAAAGCCUGCUCCCGCUGUACCAGGGAUGGCAUCGAGUGCAUAUACGUCCUCGCCAAGGGAAAGCGAGGCUCCCAGAAGGCUUUGGAAAAGCUCGCCGCUAUGGGUCGUGCUCCCUCCGCCGACGGCAUCAUCAUCGCUACUCCCUCAACCUCAUCUCUUGCCUCGUCUUCCUGCACGUCCUCUAUGAGCCCUAUCACCCCGAUCACCCCGGACAGGUCCACCGUCGAGCUCAGCUCCGGUCCCUCUCCUGCCAGCGUCUCUGCCGGCCACACUUUUGGCUUCGCCACCCCCAACACUCUCAUGCCCUUCAGCCCAUUCACCCCGAUCAGGCCUACCAUCCUCCAGCGUCCUUCCACCGUUGAGGACUGCCAGAUGCCGGGUAUGGGUACAGAGGUGAAUGAAGGCCUCGCAAGGUUGUGUGAUGGAAUCAUCCGCCCGUCCGUCGCGGCCGCUUUCGGCGUUGCUCCUUUUUACACUCUCCCUACUCCACGCACUACCCCGGUGAAGCCCUCCUACGAGGUCUCUGCUAGCAUCUCUGCCGGCCCCGCUCCCAGCUUCUCACUCAACAACGUCAUCUCGGCUCCCUCUACCCAGCCCUCAUUGGGCAUCUCUCAACUUCAGCUGCCUGCUUCUGAGUCCCAGGGUCUCUCUGAGAGCGACAACGCGUACAUCGACGAGGUCUCCAAGUGCCUGGAGUCGGGUGACGUAUUCUUCUCCGCACCCCUCGAUGCUUCUUGCAACAUCGCUCCUGUCUAUUCUCUAACUCAAGACACCACUCCCGUGGAGGCCACCGUCGAGAUGUCUCCCGUCAUCGAGUCUGCCAGCUCGACUGCUCCCGAGUUCCCCUUCAGCGAGUACUUGGUCAUGCGGCAAAACCCUCCUUGCCUGAGCGCUCCUCUCCCCAUUCUCGAGAACGAUGUCGUUCCGGAGAGCCAGAGGGUCGGCUGGGGUAUGUGUGGUAUGGACAUGGGGAUGGACGAUGCCGGCUCUUCGGGGUCCAUCGAGUCUCCCUUCAACACUGUGUCAUUUGGCUCUUCUAUUCCUCUCGUUGAUGCGUCGGUGGGCGAUGACAUGAUGGGCGACUGGUGGAACUACUGA